AUGGCCCAGCCCGAACGUGAAGCCGCCAUCGUGAAGCGAGUCUUUCGACGAUAUGACAAGCUGGGUGAUGGGACUGUUGAUCGAGACAUGCUGUGGAAGGUGAUGCAGACCUUGCCUUCGAAGAUCAGUCUCCAAACGUUCCUGCAUCUACUUCAGCAGACCGGAUACGAUGGUGGCCGUGUGAACUAUGUUCGGUUCUUGGAUCGGCUUUUCUCAGAGAAUGCGGGGGAGGACGCGGCCAGCGACAGCGAAGAGACGACGUCGGCCUUGGACGGCUGGCGCCGACUGCUGCUUGCAAUGGCGAAAUUCCAUGCCCCUGACGAAGCUGUUGACCGCAGGAUGCACUCUGCCAAGCCGGCUUAUGGAGAUGAGCCCGACUGCAUUGUGUGCUACAACGCUCGGCCUUCCGUGCUCCUCCUACCAUGCCGGCACAUGCAAGUCUGCAAAUGCUGCGCCCCCCUACUGUCGAGCUGUCCAACCUGCAGGGCUAACAUCAAGUCUUUUGCACGACCAUGCUGGGAUCCUGAGUCGUGA